UGGUCUUCCACAAACAGAGGUGUCAGCUGGCUGAGAGGUGACAUGUACACACAGCAAAUAAAACAAACAAACGACGUCGAAAUAACUCAACUCUAGCAGAAACACGCGAUUACGCGACGCAAACAUUGCUUCGAGGCGGCAAAGUUAACGCGAAAUGGGCGAGCAGAAAUGUUUUGACUAGUCAGCUGACUAGCCUGAUAACAGCAACUACAGCACUGCAAUACAUGGCAACUCUUUGCAGAUACAACUGGCUCGUUUAACAAAUGUUUGGAGUUGGUUUUGCACGGAAAAUCGACACUCAAGUGUUUGCCUCUUUAAUGAGGAAGUAGGGUUUUCCACAACUCUGUGACAGAAGAAAUUACUUCAACCUUUUUCCGCGCGUGUUGCUCUUGAAGUUAAGCUUGAUAAGUUAAUAUACUACUAACGUUAUGCCUGUCAGAGCUGUCUGCCGCUCCCAGCUUGUACUGCUGUCAGGAAGUCACUGAUGCCCGCUGCAGUGAUCGCCCUCGACUGAGGAAAACAGCAGUCGUUUAUGUUCAGUCCAUCAAAGAGCAUUUGGAGCAGAAGACAGACCAUGUGGCUCCAGCAGAGGUUAAAGGGGCUGCCUGGUUUGCUCUCGAGCAGCUGGGCCCGCCGUGUCUUGGUUGGAUUACUGCUCUUCCUCAUUUUCUACUGGUACUUGAGCUCAGAUGGGCUCCUGAGGUUUCUCAGCAUGUCCAGGGAGUCUGGAGGAGCUGCGGGGGUUUGUUUGCAGACUGAUCUUCACAGGUGGGUGUCGUUGGUGGACCAAGGGGAGGGAGUGGUUCUCACCCCCCAGACCAAAGAAACCGUCCCGUUUGUGGUCGGUAAUGGACGUUUUCUGGUGGAUGUGGACUCUAACAAACUCUGGGUAGCUUCAUCUUCACAGCCUGGCUCCGCACCGGUUCACCAAACAGACUACGGGCCGAUAGUGCGGAUGCAGAUCCCGGGAACGGGCUCAGAAGCCCGGGGAAUGAUGCUGUGGUACAGAAAAGGCUCUGUUCUGUCCUCCCGGUGCAUCCUGACAGCGUCUUCUCACGACUGCGUCAUCAUACGAGAGGAGUUUGUUGCGCAUCGCAGUCGACCCAAUGUUUAUCUUCAGAGGAUUCACAUAUCAAACCCUACAGACCGUCCGCUUUCGGUUGACCUGGCCACGGAGUCUCUGUCGUUUAGGAGCACCGUGGAGAAGAUGGAGGAAAAGGAGCUUGUGCUCUCCUCGGGCCGGGUGCUCACGGAAAAGAAGGACACUGUGUCAAAUCACAACAAGGUAGGAAACCGAUCCGGCGUGACGCAGCUGACACAGAACAGCAUAGGCCUGCCCUUCCUCUUCUGGUUCAGCGUGGCGUCCCUCAUCACGCUUUUCCACCUCUUCCUCUUCAAACUCAUCUACAAUGAGUACUGCGGGCCUGGAGCCAAGCCGCUCUUCAGGAGCAAGCUCAGACUCAUACUGAGGACAAAUAAGUAAACAGAUGCACUGGAUGGAGUAAAUUUAACAAGUGUAAAAUAUGAGUGCUAAAUGCCAUGAAAUAAUAAAUAAUAGUAAAAUAGUAAAUCCUUUCCAUUCAUAUCCCCAAAAUGUUCACAAAGAAAGCAUAACACAUCUUUAUUUUUUCUACCAUAAAUAUGCAUAUUCACCCUCUAUUUGUUAU